GAGAGUCCCCGGUGCAAGAGUGUUGGCGUGUGCCGCCAUCACAGUGGACACCUAUUACGAGUGGUGCUGCGAAAAAACCGACGGGCCAUCGCGGUCCCAGAAUCGCGAGGAGCGUCCAUCUUUCGACUUGUGUCGUCGACUCUGGCGGCGUUGUUGUCGCGAAUGAAACGAUGCCUUCUUCCCGAGGAAUGCGGCGAUCCCCUCCGACCGCUAGAAGGAGUGCUUCUCGGCAGUGACUCUUCGUCGUCACACGGUGCUUGCGACUCGGAUUCCCGGUGCCUGCGGUUUGAAGGCGCCGCCACGGCGUUGUGACGUCUCUCGUGUUUCUUUUGCGCAUUUCUGAAGAGGAGCGGCGAAGGCAGGUGACCCUGGCCCUGGGAUGUUGUCAGAGCCGCGGCGUACGCAGCAGCAGCAGCAGCAGCAGCGCUCCUCCCAUGAGGACGGUCACCAGUCCUCGUCUAAUGGACGCCGCCAGCCCAAUGGUGCAGUGCUGAGCAACGGACACCACCAGACCGCCUGGCAGAACAGCUACAACAGGCCGCCCAGCCGGCAUAACCAGCAGCACAGCCACCACCACCACCAACAGCAGCAGCAGCAACAGCACGUACACCAGCACCAGCACCAGCACCAGGGUCCACCGCGGCGUCCGUCGUCGCCGUCAGACGAGACGAGCAGCUCGUCGGACGACCGCGAGGAGAUGGCGCGGUCUCUGGUGAGAAGACCGGGACCAGGACACGCCAACAAACACUGGGCGCCCGGUGCCGCUCACGACUUCCGCGGAACGCUCAGGUCCACACGCAGCGUUCCGGCCCUAGCCUUGGCUACGUGGGACGGAGAGCCCUGUCCCGUGCACGGCCACGGCCCGGCCGCCUUCUAUCCUCCGGCGCACGGACACCCGCCACCCCCGGCCACGCCACAGCAGGGCAUGCAUCCACCGCCACCCAUGUCGGCACAAGCGACCAUGAGGAGGUUCGGCUCCAUGUUCGACGUGCGGCCCGGCUUCUACCCGCUGACGGCGCUGGACCGCAAGUCGAUGCACGGCUCCAUGAGCGUCCUCAAUGUGCCCCCGCCUCCUCCCCCCGUGCUGCCCCCGGUGGGCGGCCCCCCUCUGCCCCCAAUGGGCCCACCGCCGUUCCUGCCCCCGCCGCACCUCAUGCCGCCCAUGAUGCGGCCACGGCCGUACGUGUACCCGGCCGAACCGCUGCCGACGCGGGACCCGUACCGCUCCAAGACGCCCGUCCUGCAGCCGCCCAAGAUGGAGCAGGACUACUACUCGGUCGACCAGGUGUGUUGCAAGGGUCACCUCAUCGUACUUUGGAUCAUCCUGGCGGUAGUGACGAUAGGCGUAAUCCUUGGCAUAAUCCUGGGGGUCACCGUCACCUAAGCCCUACAGUCCACGGACGGGACUCAGUUCAACGGGGCGAUUUUUCAGGGAUGCCUACCGGUCCAACGCAUCGCGAACUUCUUACUUGAACCUGCCUUCGGUGUCGUACCAAAGUGGUGUUGCACAAUUCAUAGCGACGACUGGUUGGCACCGAAUGUUAUCGUUCGUUU